AUGUCGACUGAAAGUGUGUCCAGUGAGCAUGGCUCUCCUUCCUCCUUGUUCUCUGAGCCUACCACCCGAGACGGUUCUCUUGGCUCUGAAACUCCAAAAUCUGCUACUACAGCUCAAACAUCUCCCUUGUCGAGCGAUGGAGAGGAGGUCAAGCAAGCCUUGGAAGCUGGCUUAACUGAAUCCAUCAUCAAUGAAGAGUUGGCCAUGGAAAAGCAAUCCGAGCAAGAAAAGGAGGAGCUGAUGAAAGCUGAGGCACAAGCUCAGUUUGAUAAAACAAUCAAGGCUCAACGUAUGAAACGUCUCAAGUUUCUGUUGGAAAGGUCAGGAGCCUACGCAGCCAUCUUGAGCACCAAACUAGCCAAGCAGCAAGAGGAGGCUCGCGAGAGAGGAGCCCAAUUAGACGCUGCUGUUGUUCCUACAACAGUCGCAGAUGCCGCUGAACAGCCCACAAAAACAGCUACAAGACAUCUGCCAGCACGUAGAGGUCGUUCCAAGAGAGCUGCUGCUACUGCUGCCAACGCAUCUUUAAAGAAGAGAAAAUUGACAGAUGCUGAUUAUCAAUUGACCGAUUACAUUGAAGAAGAGGAUGUCAAAAAGCGGAAGCAGCAAAACGGCAGUGUCAGCAAAGCCAUUAUUCAGGAACAAUCCAAUGCUAAAAAGGAGUUGAAGGAAGGCCCCAUCACAAAGCCUUCUUUCUCUGCUCGUCAACCCGCUCUGGUGACAGGUGGCGUGUUGCGUGAUUAUCAAUUGGCAGGCGUGGAAUGGUUGAUUAGUCUGUGGGAGAAUGGUUUGAACGGUAUUUUAGCGGAUGAGAUGGGUUUGGGCAAAACACUGCAAACUAUCGGUUUCAUUGCUCAUCUCAAGGCAAUGAAAGUCGGUGGUCCUUAUCUGAUUGCAGCGCCCUUGUCUACUCUGGCGAAUUGGGUCAUUGAAUUCAGGCGAUUUGCUCCCUCCAUCAACGUCUUACUAUACCAUGGCACCAAGGAGGAACGUCAACACAUGGUGAAUCACAAGCUAAAGAAGCUCAAGGAGACUUCGGACGCAUUUCCUGUCAUUAUCACCAGUUAUGAGAUUGUCAUGAAUGACCGCAAGGUGCUGCAGAAAUACAAUUGGAAAUACAUUGUCAUUGAUGAGGGCCAUCGUCUCAAGAACAUGAACUGCAAGUUGAUCAGAGAGCUCAAGAGCUAUUCUAGCGCGAACCGUCUCUUGUUGUCUGGUACGCCUCUUCAAAACAACCUCUCUGAAUUGUGGAGUCUGUUGAAUUUUCUGUUGCCUGAUAUCUUUGAUGAUCUCGAUAUGUUUCAGUCUUGGUUUGACUUUUCUGACAUCAAUGCAAAGGAGGGUCAAGAGCGUAUCAUGAGGGAAGAAGAGGAGGACAAUAUCGUGUCUAGUUUACAUACCAUUCUUCGCCCCUUUUUGCUGCGAAGACUCAAGACCGAUGUAGAGAGCUCGCUGCCCAAGAAGAAAGAGUAUCUCUUGUACGCUCCUCUCACUCAACCACAAAAGGACCUCUACGAUGCUAUCAUCAAGCGUGAUGUCCGUGAUUACCUCAUCAAAAAGAAGAUCGCCGAUCCCGAAGACGAAGACGACGACGACGACGAAGCAGCAGAAUCCAGCGACAAUACCAGAAAGUCGAAAAAGAUCAGUAUCAACUAUAAGGAGAAAUCCAACACCGAGUUUUUCAAAAGCCUGGAAAAGGAGCCUGAAGAAGAGGAAGAAAUUGAUCACAAAGCCAUUGCCAGACGCGAAAAGAGGGUGAAUGCUGUCAAACAGAUCAACAAUAUGCAUUUGCAGAAUUUGGUCAUGCAACUUCGCAAAGUGUGUAACCAUCCCUUCUUAUUUGACUGGCCACUGGAUCCCAAGACGGAUCAACCGCUGAUUAGCAACGAAUUGGCUGCUCAAUCUGGUAAAGUUCUUUUGCUGGAUCGCCUCUUGACGGGCUUGUUUGACCGUGGACACAAGGUCUUGGUGUUUUCUCAAAUGACAAAGAUGUUGAAUAUCUUGGAAGAUUGGGCUACGGAUCUAAAGCAUUGGCCCGUGUGUCGUCUAGAUGGGUCUGUGUCACAAGAAGAGCGUCGUGAUCAAAUUGCAGAAUUCAGCAAGCCCAACUCAAAGAUCAAGCUCUUUUUACUUUCUACUCGUGCAGGUGGUUUAGGUAUCAAUCUGACAGCUGCUGAUACCGUGGUAAUCUUUGACAGCGAUUGGAACCCUCAAAUGGAUCUGCAAGCACAAGAUCGUGUUCAUCGUAUUGGUCAAACCAAGCCUGUUCUUGUCUAUCGUCUCGUUGCAGCCAAGACCGUAGAAGCAAAGAUGUUGGAAAGGGCCACUGGUAAGCGUAGACUGGAGAAAUUGGUCAUCAGCCAAGGCAAGUUCAAAUCACCGGUGAACAAGGUGAGAGAAACGACAGUGCGUGAAUUGGCUGAUAUCCUGGCUUCUGCGGAUGGAGAACAGAUACAGAUUGUAGCUGAAGGCGAUAAGGUCAUCUCGGAUGAAGAUUUGGACAAGCUGUUGGACCGCAGUCCUUCUGUGUUUGAGUCUACCAACACAAGUGAUAAUGAUCAAUUCCAAGAGAUUGAUCUUGAGCAACAAAUGAAAGAUCAAGAUCCAUUUGCUAGUCGUUUAUAA